AUGAACCCGUUGAAGCCGAUAGCACAUGUAAAGAAAGCUUCUGAUCCAAACCAGGCUCUCUAGAUAUUUAUAAUUGGAGAUCUUUCGGAUUCUGAAAGUGAUAUAUUUGAGCAGUCGAAGGAGUGGGACACAAAUUCAACAGAAGAGCAACAAAAGGCUUUCUGCCAUGGGAUAGAACUCAUUCCCUGGUACGUGUUAUCUAUCAGGGCUGAUGUCCAUCAGUUCAUGCAACAAGGGGCAACUGUCAUUCAUUAUGACCAGGAGACACACCUCUCGGCGCGUUGCUUUCUCCAGCUUCAGCCUGACAAUAGUACUUUGACUUGGACAAAACCCACAACAGUUUGCCCUGCAAAUGCUAAAGCAAAACUGAGCAUGCUGGGUAAUACUGCUGAGCUUGGUAGAUACCAGUUUCUUGGUAAUACUGGACUGGUGGAAGGUUUUUUGGACUUGUUUUCAGCCAAGGCUGUAUAUAUGGGACACUCUGGCAUUGAUAUGCACACUGUGUGUGUUCAAAAUAAACUUUGUAAUAUGUCCCCUGAAGAAAAUGGUAUAACACUGCUUUAUGGACUUCAGACUACUGAUAAUAAGUUGCUGCACUUUGUUGCUCCAAAAUACACUGCCAGAAUGCUGUAUGAUGGAUUGCUGGAAUUGACUAAAGCUGUAAGGAAAAUGAGAAGAUUCCCUGAUCAAAGACUACAGUGGCUACGGAAACAGUAUGUCAGCCUUUACCAGGAGGAUGGAAGAUUUGAAGGCCCAACCUUGGCUCAGGCUGUUGAACUGUUUGGAGGCAGACGAUGGAGUGCAAGAAACACAAGCACAGGAACUCUCACAAAAAGCACCGAGAAACCUAGUGUACAAAGAAACAACACUCUGGGAAUAAGCACAGCUAAGAAAAAGAAGAAAGUACUCAUGAGGGGUGAAAGUGGAGAGGCUACUGAUGAUGAAAUGGCAACUCGGAAGGCAAAAAACUGUAAAGAAUAUCGUAAUAGAAGUGGUUCGGAUCCUCAAGAUAUUGACGAACAAGAAGAACCAGAUCAAAAUAUUAUUAUUAAUGCUUCUCCAUCUAACAACCUGCCAUCAAGACGAGCUCACUCUCUGACAGCAUCUGGAUCACCUACUAUAGGAGCUACAUCAUCUUCACCAGCAAGACCAGUUUCCUCUCCUGUAAUGUCUUCAAGUAAGAGUCAGUCUAGCACAUGGAGCAGCAGUAGCUGGCAUGGCCGCGUUAAAGGAGGAAUGAAGGGGUUUCAGAACUUCAUGGUGUCUGACAGUAACAUGACUUUUGUGGAAUUUGUAGAGCUCUUCAAAUCUUUCAGUGUCCGUAGCCGCAAGGAUCUGAAAGACCUUUUCGAUAUCUACGCUGUGCCUUGCAAUCGAUCCGGUUUAGAGCCUACUCCACUUUACACUAAUUUGAAGAUUGAUGAAAAUAGCAGUGGAUUCCAGCCUGAUUUAGAUUUGUUGACUAGGAACGUUUCAGACCUUGGUUUGUUCAUUAAGAGCAGGCAGCAGCUAUCAGAUAACCAGAGGCAAAUAUCUGAUGCUAUUGCUGCUGCCAGUAUCGUAACCAAUGGUACUGGAGUUGAAAGCGCAUCGUUGGGAAUAUUCGGAGUGGGAAUACAGCAGCUAAAUGAUUUCCUGGUGAAUUGCCAAGGAGAACACUGCACCUAUGAUGAAAUCCUCAGUAUUAUCCAGAAAUUUGAACCUAGUGUGAAUAUGUGCCAGCAGGGGCUGCUAUCUUUUGAAGGAUUUGCAAGAUUUUUGAUGGAUAAAGACAACUUUGCCUCCAAAAACGAUGAGUCACAAGAGAAUACUGAGGACUUGCACUUUCCACUAUCAUAUUACUACAUCGAGUCUUCACACAAUACUUACCUUACUGGCCAUCAGCUUAAAGGGGAGUCCUCAGUAGAGCUCUACAGCCAGGUUCUUUUGCAAGGCUGCAGAAGUGUGGAAUUAGACUGCUGGGAUGGAGAUGAGGGGAUGCCUAUCAUUUAUCACGGGCACACUCUUACUACUAAGAUCUCUUUUAAGGAGGUAGUUGAAGCUAUUGAUCGAAAUGCGUUUAUCACAUCUGACAUGCCAAUUAUCAUAUCAAUAGAAAACCACUGUUCAUUGCCUCAACAACGUAAGAUGGCUGAAAUUUUCAAGAAUGUAUUUGGAGAUAAGCUGGUAACAAAGUUUUUAUUUGAGAGUGACUUUUCUGAUGAUCCCAUGCUUCCUUCACCUGGCCAACUGAAAAGAAAAAUCCUGCUUAAAAACAAGAAGCUUAAAGCCCAUCAAACACCAGUGGAUAUAUUGAAACAAAAGGCUCACCAGCUGGCACAUAUGCAAGCACAGGCUAGCAAUGGUGCUAGCAACCCCACGCCUGCCAAUGAAGAGGAAGAAGAUGAAGAGGAUGAAUAUGACUAUGACUAUGAAUCUCUCUCUGAUGCCGAUGUCCUUAAUACUUCUCCUGCUCCUAACAGCCAGGAAGAUAACAUUCUUGAAGACCGACCUGAGAAUAAAUUAUCAAGUGAUAAGCUGCAGUUUGAAUAUAUUGAAGAGACUGCCAAACGAAUAAAGAAGGCUGAUUGUGCUACUUACAAUAAUAAAGGAAAGGUUUACGACAUGGAGCUGGGUGAAGAAUUCUAUCUUCCACAAAAUAAGAAGGAAAGCAGACAGAUAGCCCCAGAGCUAUCAGAUCUUGUCAUUUACUGUCAAGCUGUCAAGUUCCCUGGCUUGUCAACUCUAAACCCAUCUGGCUCUAGCAGAGGAAAAGAAAGAAAAAGCAGGAAGUCCAUUUUUGGCAACAAUCCUGGCAGACUGAGCCCUGGGGAGUCAGCUGCUCUUGCCAAAGCAUCUGGAAAAGGUCCUUUUGAUGUCAUGCGGCAGACCUGGGAAGAUCCCUGCUCUCCUUACAACUCUCCAGCUUCUCUCAGUGCUAUCAUAAGGACACCCAAGUGCUAUCAUAUCUCCUCACUGAACGAGAACGCUGCCAAGCGGCUGUGCAGGCGGUACUCUCAGAAGCUGAUCCAGCACACCACCUGUCAACUCCUGAGGACUUACCCCGCUGCCACGCGCAUCGACUCCUCAAACCCCCAUCCACUGAUCUUCUGGCUCCAUGGUGUACAACUCGUGGCUCUUAACUACCAAACAGAUGAUCUUCCUCUGCAGCUUAAUGCAGCGAUGUUUGAGGCUAAUGGCGGCUGCGGAUAUGUUUUGAAACCUCCUGUUCUGUGGGAUAAAAAUUGUUCAAUGUACCAGCAGUUUUGUCCAUUAGAAAGAGAUCUUGAUAAUAAGGAGCCAGCUAUAUAUUCCUUAACAAUUGUGUCUGGACAGAACGUCUGCCCUAGCAAUAGCACGGGCAGUCCGUGCAUUGAGAUCGAUGUGCUGGGGAUGCCUCUGGAUAGCUGCCAUUUCCGGACGAAGCCCAUCCAUCGCAACACUCUGAACCCCAUGUGGAAUGAACAGUUCCUUUUCCGGGUUCACUUCGAAGAUUUGGUCUUUCUUCGGUUCGCAGUUGUUGAAAAUAACAGCUCAGCUGUAACAGCUCAGAGAAUCAUUCCCCUGAAAGCUUUAAAAAGAGGCUAUAGACAUGUCCAGCUCCGUAACUUGCACAAUGAAGCAUUAGAAAUUUCUAGUUUGUUCAUAAACAGUCGGAGAAUGGAAGAAAGUCCCUCUGGAAACACUCCACCUGCGUCUAUGUUGUUUAGCAUGGGAGAAAGGAAAGCUGCUGUGACUUACAAAGUGACAAUUCAUGGAAUUCCAGGCCCGGAGCCUUUCACAGUUUUUAAUAUAAGUGCGGGGACCACGGCUGCACAGCUUCUCCAUCAGCUCUUGGCUACCACAAAAGGCACCGAGUCAUGUGCUGCAGACUAUUUUCUGAUGGAAGAGAAAAGUUUUAUAUCUAAAGAAAAGAGUGAAUGCAGAAAACCACCAUUCCAGAGAGUGAUUGGUCCUGAAGAAGGGCUAGUGCAGCUUUUGAACAGUUGGUUCCCAGAAGAAGGAUAUGUUGGAAGGAUUAUCUUUAAAACCCGAGAGGAAAAUUUAAAUGAGAGAAACGUCUUUCAGGAAGCAAAAGAAGAUGCAGCCAUCAGCUCUGAGGAUGACAGUUUCUUUGUUCAGGUCCAUGAUGUCUCCCCAGAGCAACCACGGACCGUCAUCAAAGCUCCCCGCUUUAGCACAGCUCAGGAUGUCAUACAGCAGACUCUUUGCAAAGCUAAAUACUCCUACAGCAUUUUGAGCAAUCCAAAUCCAAGUGAUUAUGUCCUCUUGGAAGAGGUGACAAAAGAGCCAGCAAACAAAAAGUCCUCGACAUCUAAACCAUCUCAGAGGAUUCUCUCUGAUCAAGAGUGUGUGUUUCAGGCCCAAAGCAAGUGGAAGGGAGCAGGGAAAUUUAUCCUUAAACUCAAAGAACAGGUUCAGGCAGCAAGAGAUGACAAAAGAAAAGGCAUUUCCUUUACCAGUGAACUCAAGAAGUUAACCAAGUCGAGUAAGCAGUAUCGGGGAUUCAUAUCGCCACCUCUGCAGGUCUUGCCAGACAGUCCACAGAGCAAGGAUGAAAGGGCUGCGUGCAGUCUGACUUUCAGUGACAUUGUGGAAUAA